UUUGCCUCGAUCCGCGCACGACAAAAUGGCCGACCAUAGAAACCAAAUUAACCAAUUACUAGAAGAAGUCCAAAGAUUGCAAGGCUGCAUUAACAAAAUCCAAGAAUCGUCUAUAUCACAAAUAACGAGACUAGAAGAACAGCUCGAUCAGAAACGACAACAAAUUGCACGACUAGAAAACAGGCUAGACUCACAGAAGGACUACGAUGACCUUAAGAGACAGAUGACGAUAUUAAAGUCGGAUCUGGCUAACAAUCCAGACUGCAAAAGUAUCGAAUUGUUUCUGGAAAACACCAAAUUACAAGGGCAGGAGUUGAAGGAGAAGAAUCAGGCAGGAGAUAGUGAAGAUGGUUCCUUGGUGAUCAAAGGCAGUACGUCCUUGUCGGAGACCAACAAUGCAACGGAGAAAAGCAGUACGACUUCAACACCUCAACCGAUGGACAGUACAGGGUACCAGAGUCCUCACGAAAAUUUGGUAGUUGUUAACGGGAACCCGAAAAGUCCUCACGAGGACAACAACAAUCACCAUGUUAGCAAUAACAACAUUCCCUUGGUCGCGACGACUUUUGUGAAUAACUUCCUGCGAUCGGAGGAUACGCUCAAGAGUCCGUAUAGGUUUGAUGAGCAUCGAUCACCGUUUAAGUUUGCAGAAGAUUUGGGGAUGGCACCUGGAUCUAUGGUAGGACGGUUGGGGGAAAGUUUGAUUCCCAAAGGGGAUCCUAUGGAGGCUAGGCUGCAAGAGAUGCUGAGAUAUAACAUGGACAAAUAUGCUUCUCAAAAUUUAGACACUCUGAACAUAGCCCGACGUGUUCGCGAGCUACUUUCAAUUCAUAACAUAGGCCAAAGACUGUUUGCCAAAUACAUCCUCGGGUUGUCCCAAGGUACUGUAUCCGAACUACUGUCCAAACCCAAACCGUGGGACAAAUUGACUGAAAAAGGACGGGACAGUUAUAGAAAAAUGCAUGCGUGGGCCUGUGAUGAAAACGCUAUCAUGCUGCUUAAGAGUCUUAUACCAAAAAAAG